AUGGCAGCUGUAAAAGACAGUAAUGUUGACGAUGUUGUUGUUGGGGACGAUGAUGAUGACGAUCCCGUGUCCGAGGCCUGUAAGCAUGACGAGGUCUUGCAGCUGAAUACCAACAAUUUUAAUCUGUUGACCCACACUGGAAAAUUUUUCAUCAUGAUCUUUAAGCCCCCACUCAGCUACAUGGCCGAUCAGGCAAAGCUGAAAUGGGUCAGACUGGCCCGGGAACUGAACGCCAAGGGCACCAUUUGCAUUUCGGACUUGGAUUGUAGUAAAUCGAUAGAAAUCUGCCACCAUCUGCAAAUCAGACCAAGUCCGACUUUCCUGUGGUACGAGAACGGCCGCAAAGUUCGCGCCUACGAUGCCGAACCCGAUCCCGAGUUGGAGCAUUUUAAAAGCUUUGUCGAGAAAAUGAUAGCAUCGAAUGGUACUUUCAUCGAGAAGUCAGGAGCCAGAACAAGGUCUUAUCUGACGAUGAACCUUAUCACACUUGCCCUCUAUUUGGCCAUUAAGCUGCCAAUCUUAGUUCCAAAUUGA